AUGGAAGCACUUGGGGAAUGUCAAGGCGUAUUUGUGGUUUCCAAAGCAGCUGCUGGGUCAGACAUGAGAUCCCAGUUCCGCAGUGAUGGCUGCCAGCUCAAUUGGCUCGUACCUCUCCUAAUCACUGUGGCCGCAGUUAGCCUGCAGAAGAUAGGCUAUGAUGCAUCAGAUGUGUCAGUAGGCUGGUGCUGGGUCAGUAUCCAGGCAGAGGAUCAUGUCUUGUGGAUGUUGCUAACUGGCAAAAUUUGGGAAUUUAUAGCUUACAUCACCCUGCCAACUCUCUACAUCCUCAUCAAGAAGCACAUCUACAAAGCGCACGAAGCCUUAUCAGAGUAUCGUCCUAUCCUCAUCAGCAGUUCCAGCCAUCACACAAGAUCUUCAAUUGCAGAUCGCAAACUAACCAUUAUACCCAUCAUAUUCAUCUUUCUUCGAAUCUGGAGCACUGUGAGGUUCAUUCUGACACUUUGCAAUUCGCCUGUGGUGCAGAAUGGAAUGUUAGUAAUGCUACAUGGAAUAGGAAACACGUUUCAAGGAGCAGCUAAUUGCAUUAUCUUUGUCCUGUGCACACAAGUAGUCCGUGCUCGGCUGGUUUCCUGUCUGUGCAGCUGUUUUGGGUUUGGGACCAACUCGAUACCCAACAAGGCAAUAGCGAGAAAUUAUGGGGAAGUUGUGUCUCGACGGAAUGCAGAAAUGUUUCCUUCCUAUGUAACUGAAGAGUAAGUGAUUCUAAAAGUCCCACAGGAGUGCAAACUGAAGCUGGCUUUGACCUGUUUUAAGCAGUAUCGCGAAACUGGCCACUGCACAUGCCACUUUCCUUUUAGCAGGUAGAAUUCUUUCACUUGUGGUGCUGAUGGUAAAGAUGUACAUUUUGGACUACAUGGGUUUCUCCUGUUGGGUUUAGUAUGGAUUGAUCUGUCCGUGCCUCGUUGGGGAACUGAGUCGAGAAUUGUUCACCCAAUCACUGCACAACCAAAGGGUCAGAUUUCUGAAUUGCCUGUUUGUUUUCAAAACUAUGGUGCCUGUUAAAUAUUUUAUAAAAGUUAUUGUUUGUAUUGACUUUAACAGUGACAUUACAUUCUGUGGAGUAAAACUCUGCUGCAAUAUCUGAAUGUUGUUGGAUACCAGACUAUGAAUUAAUAAUGCUACUUCUGACUUCUUUCUAACACUUUGGUCUCUGUCUCCCUUACUGACGUUUAAAAUUUAUGUGUGAGGUGUAGAUCCUGUUAUUGAUACAAAGGUUGUAUGAAGCUUGACUGAAAUUUCUAAUUCAACUGGAACUAUUCAGAAGUCCCUUUUGCAAUUUUAAACUUCCACCUACUCAUUUUCCCAAAGGCCUCUUGGACCUCUAGUGUUACUGAGGUACAGGGUCCUCUAAGACUUCAUUACACAACUGCACCCAAUGACAUUAAUUCUGUUUAUUGGCUCCUCAUUGGAACUAGACUUGACUCCUGUUUUCAACACUUUUUUAAAAAAAAAAAAAAAAAAAUGAUAUAAAAGAGUUAGAAAGAGUUAGUUAUCAGGAAAAAAAUGAUAAACUUUGAAGAAAUUGUUAACCAGUUCACAACAUCCAUUCUUCUCUGGCCGUUGCAGUAGGCUGCUUCAAAUAGUAACAUCCAACGAUUGAAACUCCCCGGUUUGUAUUAUUGCCAGAGUCAAUGUUUUGUUCUUGUUAGAAACCUCUUCGCUGAAAUUAUCACCAAAAAGAUCAAUGUCUUGAGUUUUCUGGGUCAGAAGUCACAUGACACCAGGUUAUAGUCCAACAGGUUUGUUUGGAAUAUCUCGAGCUUUCAGAGCGCUGCUCCU